GGUGAAGUUCAAAAGCUUGCAAAAUGUCAUCUGUCAAACGCCUUGUAUAUGCAGUCAUCCAUUUCCUGAGAGAACAGAGUCAGCUGGAUACUUUCACUUCAGAUGAACAAGAAAGUUUGGAAGAGGAUGAACUACGUUGAAAUUCAGUGGGAUAAUGUAUUUUUCUUUCACCUCAAAAGAUUGUAAUUGAAGUCUGAAAUAAUUGGCUUGAUGGUCCCCUUUAUUUCAUUGGGAGGAUGAACGACACUCAGUUUACCACAGUUUUGUUUUCUUCAUGGAUAAUGUCAGGAAGAAGAAUAAAACCUACAUCCUACAUUAUUCUUCUAGAAUAAAAGAGGACCCUAUUGCGAUUCAGUGUUUGGAGACCGUUUUUAAGAUUAGCCUAGAAGAUACUCAUCUUGCAGCACCUCAGCAUUUGAUAGAGAUGUUCACAAAUUCUUUUCACAAGAAUGACUUGCUGCCUCUCUCAGAUCCUUUGCCAGAAGAUGUUGAAAAGGCUGACCAGCUGAAGGAUGAAGGUAAUAAUCACAUGAAAGAAGAAAAUUAUGGUGCUGCAGUGGAUUGUUAUACACGGGCCAUAGAACUGGAUCCAAAUAAUGCAGUCUAUUACUGCAACAGGGCUGCUGCUCAAAGUAAGCUCAGCAAGUACAAUGAAGCAAUAAAGGAUUGCAAGAGGGCAAUAGCAAUAGAUCCAAAAUACAGCAAAGCAUAUGGAAGAAUGGGGUUGGCUCUGACCUCAAUGAAUAAAUAUGAAGAAGCAAUUACCAGUUACCAAAAAGCAUUGGAUCUUGAUCCAGAAAAUGACUCUUACAAGUCAAAUUUGAAAAUAGCAGAACAGAAGCUAAGAGAUAUGUCCAGUCCUACAGGAACUGGAUUAAGUUUUGACAUGGCAAGCUUGAUAAACAACCCUGCUUUCAUUAGUAUGGCAGCAAGCUUAAUGCAGAACCCUCAAGUUCAACAAUUAAUGUCAGGGAUGAUGUCAAAUGCCAUUGGUGGUCCUGCUGCAGGUGUAGGUGGCCUAACUGACUUGUCAAGCCUCAUACAUGCGGGACAACAGUUUGCACAACAGAUACAGCAACAGAAUCCAGAGCUUAUAGAGCAACUGAGAAAUCAUGUCCGGAGCAGAUCUUUCAGUGGGAGCACUGAAGAGCAUUCCUGACUUAAAGAAGGCAUGUGUUUAUAGAACUCAAAAGAUAUAUUGUAGUUAGUAGCAAAAACACCAUUGUAACUAUUCUGCUUGGAAAAUCUUGUGUGUGUUCUGUAAACAAUAAUAAAUCUGUUAAACAGAUCCAUUGCACACAAAUUUGAACAUAUCAUGAAUGUAUAGUGAAUCCUUUGUAAAUUAAUACAUAGUAAAUAGAAUAAGUGACUUAUGAAAAUCUCUGCAUAUAAAUUGUUAUCACUUUCAGGCUGUGUGUUAGAAUGAUCUCCAGGGCUGCUGAGUGGGGAGAUAGGAAUAUUGCUUUGUUGGUUGCUGCCAUACUUGCAUAGUAAUUUAGUUCUAAAACUUACAUAAUAAGGGGUACAUUGAUAAUGAAGAUGUGGAUGGCUCUGCUGCGAAACAAUAGCCUAAGCAGGCUGCCUUCUCUAUGUGACAUUCCUGUGGAGAUUAUGGAGUUCAAUGUAGAUGUGAAAAACUUACC